AUGACAGUAGUUGUUUGGCGAUUUAUUACAAGGAAGAUUGAUGAGGAAAAAACAAACACGUUUUCAAACAAAGUAAACGCAAGUCAACACUGCUUAAGAAAUUAGUUUUUGAAAAAGAAGAAAGAAAGAUUCAUUUACAAUUUAAUAAGUGGAGUAUUCUGUGAUGGAUCAUGCCUAAUUUUUAGUUGAUUCUCAGGGUCGUAUUCUGUGAGCCCACUAGCAGAUCAUGUCUAGUUUCACUUAACGAAGAGGUUGAAUUUAGUGCACUUCCUUGUAAUCAAUCUUGAGAAAAGAGGUUGAAUUUGUAAGGCUAACACAUUACCUUGAGAAACUCAGAAUCCUGAAUUGAAGAGGACGGCAUUUACCAGUAAACCAACGGUUGUGUUUAAACUAUGAGCCUUAGAAAGCACAUGCGCAUGUGCAAACAGAACACUCUGAAUCAAGUCUCUCCUGCUUUGAGCUAGUUUCAUGAAUUAUCUGGUACCUUUGUUCCUGCUUGAACAUACAUAUGCCUGCACAUGAAUACAAUCUCCUUCUGAAAUUAUAAGUUUACAUUGUUUUACCUCAGUCAAAGCUCACACUAUCUCCCUUUUUCUAGGUAGAAAACAAAGCUGCAGGGCUGGGCUUUGUAGGGGCUCCUUUGACCCUUGCUUCAUAUGUAGUGGAAGGUGGUUCGUCAAAGCACUUUACCAAAGUAAAGAGAUUAGCUUUCUCCCAGCCCAAGAUUCCCCACGAAUUACUUCAGACCUCUAUGGCAAAAUACAUUCAAUAUCAAGCUGACAGUGGAGCUCAAACUGUUCAAAUCUUUGCCUCGUGGGCCACAGAACUUAGCCCUGUGGAUUUUGAGGAGUUUAGUCUUCCAUACUUGAAGCAGAUUGUGGACACUGUGAAUCAAUCCCAUCCAAAUCUCCCACUAAUCCUUCAUGCCAGCGGAUCUGGAGGCUUGCUUGAGCGGCUAGCUUUGACAGAUGUAGAUGUUGUUAGCAUGGAUUGGUCAGUUGAUAUGGCUGAAGGUAGGAGGCGACUGGGGCCUGAUGUAGCAGUUCAGGGAAAUGUAGAUCCUGGUGUUUUAUUUCGGUCAAAGGAAUUCAUAACUAAUCGAAUCAAUGAUGUCGUCAGAAAAGCCGGUAAAGGAAAACAUAUACUGAAUCUUGGUCAUGGAAUUGUAGUAGGCACACCUGAGGAGAAUGUUGCUCAUUUUCUUGAGGUUGCUAAAAGAAUCAGAUAAUAACACGGCAUGUGACUAGAAGAUUUUUUGCAAA